AUGCAGCUUCCUCCGCGCAUGCCUACUGCUGAGCAGAUAUACAACAAGAUGAUUCCUGAGCAGAUGCCCGACAUUCAGAGCAAUUUCCUGCUCGAGAGCAACGGCGGUGACGGCACCAAGGUCCUCAAAGUCCUCGAGGUCAUCCCACUCAUCCUCAUCAGCACCACGGAACGAGUGCGACGAGGGUCCGGCCUUGGCUCCAACGAGGCGUCGAGGUUGAAGCUGUGCCGCUGUGCGGCGUUGAUGGGAUACAGGGAUCAGCCGACCUUGUCUGGCGAGAGAGAGACGAAAGGCCCCAAACUACUUUAG